GUCUCGCCGUUUAGCCUCCAUCCGUGCAAUGGGUUUUGUAAAUAGUCUAUGUUUAAUACUCCUAAUUAGUAUUUAAACAUUCGAUGUGACGGGGCUAAAGUUUAGCCAUUGGAACCAAACGUUUGAGUGUCAUUGUGAACAUCCUUCUACCCUGGAACCUUAAAAGAACAGCUACUGACUGCUAUCUGGGACUUAGGUUUGAUGAAUGCCAAAACUUCUCCAGGGAUAUGCUUUAUUGCCAUAUUUCCUACUAAUUGGUAUUAAGCAGAAGAUCUUACUGUAUGUUUUCCUUGAACUUUCUUUAAUCAGUGUAGUCAGAACUAACCCAACUACCUGGAAAUAGCUGCAGAAUUUAUUCUAUUGUGGUUUGCUAGAGUAUCUCAUCCUAGUAUGCAUUGUUAUAACUGAAUAUCUUGUUUCCUUAUUUCUUUCCAUAGGAUCCUCGUAGAAUAUGGACAGUUUUCUAGCAUUGUUGGAUUUUAAUCUUUUUAGAGGAAUCUCUGUCUGAAACAGCAGUCUUAGAGGAUUUUAAUCUACGAAACACGGAUACUCCACCCGGACGUGGCGUAUCCACGUAUCCCCGAUUAAAUGGGCCGAAAACUUCGGAUCGGAAACGUUUCCGCGCCUGGAUUCGGCCCAGCCGGCCCAACAUCACAGCACAUCCCACCUCCUGCCCUACUCCCGUGACCCGUCGGGCGUCGGCUCUCCCACGCGCAGCCGCCCCACGCAGCGCAUCGCCGCAUCCUCCCGCUCGACCUGACGGCUGACGCAGCGCCUCCGCCUCUCGUCGGCCGCCGUCCGCUGGCCGCCGUCCGUGAGGCCGCCUCCUGCCAGCCUCCGUCCGCCUCCCGCCGGCCGCAGGCUGCCUCCCGUCGGCCUCCGUCCGCCCGUGAUUACUCCCGUCGGCCUCCGGCGUAAGGAGCCCCAGCCCCUGUUCAGGUGCGUGACUUCCUCUGAUAGUGGUAGUGCAGGCCUCCCGUGAACCGUGAGUUCCUCCCAGUAAUGGUAGCAUAGCAUCCGUAAAGUGCAUAGAGAUUUACAUUUUCUGUGUAGUGUAUCCAGGCAAUUUGGAAGUAUAAUCCAUAGUCUACAGAAUAAGGGCCCAUGCAAGCAUGGAUGGUGGAUUAAGUUCAGGGGCAGUGUGAUCUUUAUAAUGUUGGCUAUUGCACAGUUGUUGAUUAUCCUUUCUUUUCAAUACUUAACUGGUUCAAAUACAAUUGCUUGGAGAAUAGUAGCAUAUAGAUUGCAAGUAGGAGGUAACGUGAUGAUAAUUGGCCAAUCUCCAGAAUCUGGAUAUGAGUUUAUAUUGAUUGAUUGCAGUCCCAGGCUCCCAUCCUCUCCUAAAUUAGAACCUGCUAUCAUGUUAUUCUCAGUGCAAUAGACCUUAAAUGUCUCUAUGUUGAAUUUGAACAUCUAUUUUGCAAUUUAAUAUGCAUUGUUAUUUAUUUAUUAAAAAAAUAGUUAAAAUGUAUCCGCGUAUCAGGUUGUUUAAGAAAUUGCCGUAUCCGCGUAUCCGUAUCCUUCCGAUACCGAUACGCGUAUCCGUAUCCGUGCUGCAUAGAUUUUAAUCUUCUUAGAGGAAUCUUGAUGGACCAAUUAUUGUGAGCAGAGUUCCUUCUGCCUGACGGAUUUGGUCUCCUCUGUCUUUGAUUUGGUCUGAAACAGGAGUCGUUGUUGAUAAAUUUUGACAGGAGCCAUCUAUAUUUCAUCGUUUCAGUUCCUUGGCCAGAACAUCAUAUUUUGUGACAGUUCUGUACUUCUAAUUCUAGCAUUGUUGGAUUUUAAUCUUCUUAGAGGAAUCUCUGUCUGAAACAGGAGUCUGAAACAAUUCUGUACUUCUAAUUCUAGCAUUGUUUCAGUUCCUUGGCCAGAACAUCAUAUUUUGUGGCAGUUGUGUGCUCCUGUUCGCCUGGCUGCCUGUGCAAUCUUGGAUGAAGCUGUGGUGGAAACGAUUUCUUAAUGGGUUCUUAAUGGGUUGUAGCUGCAGUUUGGACAGUGGUUUGUUAUAUUAUUUGCUGUGGGAGGAUGAUUGGAUUGGUGGGGUUUGAUUUCUGCGGGUGGAAGACUGGAGUGGGGUGGGUUGCAUUUUCUUUGCAUGCUAGAAUAGAUAGGUGUGGUUUUGGUUUGGAUGCCAGCCCAGUUAGCAGGGCUAUAUGAUGAGUAUUGUGGAGCAUGCAUACAGGUCCAUCUCGCAGCCCACCCAGGUAGCUCAGCGGCCUAGUCAAAGAAACGGCCCAACCCGCAGCCCACCUUCCCAAGCCGCGGUCCCCACAGGCCAGCAGUCCCAGUGUGCGGCGGCGCUCGACAAGCCAGCAGGCAGCAGCCGCUGCGCCGCCCUCGCUAGUCGCAACCUCCUGGUGGCCGCACGCGGCCUCGGGCCCCUAGCUACACCGCCUUCGCUGGUGCACGCGCGCAUAGCGGCUGCCGGCCGAAGCCCACACAAGCACAGCUGCAACGGGCCAACGGCAGUUCUCUCCUCUAUUUCUGAAAGCUAGAGGCAUCCUCGAUCCCUGCUCCCCGCUGCCGACCGCCGAUCACAGUCCACUGUCGGCUGCUCCCUCCCGCAGGUCGCCUCCGGCGCUACGAGGAAGGCCCACCGGCCACGGACGAUCAUCAUCCUUCCUGUCGGUCUACAGCAGGUCUUCACCUUGUUGUGCUGCUGCUCGCCAUACGCCAAUCGUGACACCAGUGUGCUGCCAUCUUCUGAGGCCCUUGCUAGGACUGAAGAGUCUUAUUGGUCGUCCAAGUCCACUUGGAGAUGUCAGAAGAACUUGACAAAGAUAAGAAAAUUGGGGAAGAGGAGGAGGAGGAGGAAGUGGAGUAUGUAUUGCUAGAGUUGGGCGAUUGUCUUUAUUCAGACAUAUCACCAGAUGCUCCAUUUGUACUCUCUGGUUUGGAUACGAUGACGCCUACCUUAGUAGUAGGUGAUGAUCUGAAGAUGAUUGGAGAAUAUGAAGAAACUGUUGGCACAUGUUAUCUAUUCUCUGAAAGUGCUGAACCAAAACCUCCGAGUGAUGAGACCACACCUUCCGAAGAAAACAUGGACAAACCAGCUAGCAGCAGCAAGGAAGGUUCGUUGAAGGAAGUAAAUCAUCUUGCCAGCACUCAAAAGAUCCUCAAAUUUCGGCCAAUCAAUGCAGAGCAUCCUCAGCACAGAGCAUAGCAGCACAAGGACAAGGAAAUCUGAAACCAAAAAAACUUGUAGCUGCCAUUUUCUUCUUCAAUGCCUUCAGUGUACAGUAAGGUGAUCAUUGACCCCCCGAACUGGAUUGUACACUUGCUGAAUUCAUCUAGUGGAUAGCAACCACUUGAUCAAUAUAUUUGCGCUGUCAUAUCGGUUUGUUGGUC